AUGCUUCGAAAUGAGCUUGAAUCCAUCAAUGAAAGGCUAGAUCGAGUAGAAGGAAGGGAACAACGAGAAGGAACCCCUCAAGGUCCAAGACGGGAGCGAGGGCGAGCAAGACUCCUUGAAGAUGAUCUCUACAAGCCAAGCGAGGUGGAAAGUGACCAAGCGUCGAAUCAAAGCGAGAGACGAUGGGGUCAAACGAAUAGAGGUCCUAGGCAACGAGAUCAAAAUCUUACGCAAGAAAAUCGAAGUGUGGAGGAUUAUUUUAAAGAAAUAGAGAUUGCCAUGAUACGUGCGGACGUGGAAGAAGAUCGUGAAGCAACCAUAGCCCGAUUCUUAGCCGGUCUUAAUCGAGAUAUAACUAACGUGGUGGAACUUCAACAUUAUGUUGAAGUUGUUGAUAUGGUGCAUGUUGCCAUUAAAGGUGAAAAGCAAUUGAAGAGAAAAAGCUCUAGCCGAACUUUUCCUAGCACUAAGAACUCUCAAAGGUGGAACCAAGGCACGGGCAAGAAAGACUUUUCCAACUACGCUAAGGACCAACCUUUGUCUACUAAGGCGAAUAAACCCAUUGGUGAAACCAGCAAAGGCAAAGAAGUUGCCUUGUCGAACCGAUCAAGAGAAAUAAAAUGGUUCAAGUGUUUAGGGAGGGGCCGUAUUGCGGGCCAAUGCCCUAACCGAAGCAACAUGAUUUUAUGGGCUAAUGGCGAAAUUAAAUCAGAGGAAGAAAAUGAUGAAGAACCCGAUGAAACUGCUGAAGAGGAAGGCGAACUUGAAUACGCUGUUGAUGGCGAAAUCCUCGUCAUUAAACGAAGCCUUGGUCUUCAAAGUGUUGAAAACGAACAGCAAAGGGAGAACAUUUUUCAUGCACGUUGCCAUGCUCAAGGCAAGGUAUGUAGUUUGAUCGUGGAUGGCGGGAGUUGUACGAAUGUGGCCAGCACCUUAAUGGUUGAAAAACUCGGCUUGCCAACAACUAAGCACCCUCAACCUGACAAGCUUCAAUGGCUUAAUGACGGAGGGGAAUUGAAGGUAACUAAGCAAGUUUUGGUACAUUUUUCUAUUGGAAAAUAUCACGAUGAGGUUCUAUGCGAUGUGGUACCCAUGCACGCUGGUCAUAUGUUAUUGGGUCGUCCAUGGCAAUUCGAUCGUAAAGUCAUUCAUGAUGGUUUCACGAACCGCUACACUUUCAAAUUCGAUGGGAAAAUUGUAACAUUAGUUCCAAUGACUACUAGGCAAGAAUCAAAGGACAUAUUUCCGGAAGACAUUCCUAGUGGGUUGCCACCCAUUCGAGGAAUAGAACACCAAAUUGACUUCAUUCCUGGAGCGUCUAUUCCAAAUUGUCCAGCUUAUCGUACUAAUCCCGAAGAAACCAAAAAAUUGCAAAAACAAGUUAAUGAACUUAUGGAGAAGGGAUAUAUACGAGAAAGCCUCAGCCCUUGCGCCGUACCGGUAUUAUUGGUGCCAAAGAAGGACGGAACAUGGCGUAUGUACGUAGAUUGUCACGCGGUGAAUAAGAUAACUAUUAAAUACCGACACCCGAUACCACGACUAGAUGACAUGAUAGAUGAAUUGAGUGGUGCGCAAUUGUUUUCAAAAAUUGAUCUCAAGAGCGGGUUCGUGGUCAGCUCAGAGGGACUAGAGGUUGACCAAGACAAGGUGAAAGCAAUUAGAGAAUGGCCUAGACCCACAAGCAUCAGCCAAGUGAGGAGCUUCCACGGAUUGGCAAGCUUCUAUCAGGGAUUCAUUCCAAAUUUUAGCACAUUGGCAGCACCUCUAACUAGCGUGCUUAAAAAAUCUUCUGCCUUUUUUUGGAAUGAAGAACAAGAAAAAUCUUUUAUUGCUAUUAAAUCUUGUUUAACUAACGCCUUGCCUGACUUUACUAAAAUGUUUGAAGUUGAAUUUGAUGCCUCAAGUGUUGAAAUUGGAGCCGUUCUAACGCAAGAUGGAAGGCCCGUGGCUUAUUUUAGUGAGAAGUUAAAUGGAGUCGCUCUUAACUAUCCGACGUACGACAAGGAAAUGUACGCUCUAAUUCGAGCUUUUGAGACUUGGCAACACUAUUUAUGGCCAAAAGAGUUUGUAAUCCACUCGGAUCAUGAGGCAUUAAAACAUAUCAAGGGUCAAGCAAAACUGAACAAACGACACGCCAAAUGGGAAAUGUAUGUUGAUGAUGCUGAUUUUGGCGCUAUUUACAAAUCUUGUGAAAACAAAGCUGUUGAUAAGUAUUUCAGGUUUGACGGAUUUCUUUUCCGUGAAGGCAAGCUUUGUGUUCCGCGAAGCUCAAUACAGAAAUUAUUGGUGAUUGAGGCAUAUGGUGGUGGACUCAUGGGCCAUUUCGGGGUGGCCAAGACGUUGUCAACCCUCCAUGAACAUUUCUUUUAG